AUGGCGAUCCUUGCAAGAUUCCUUCAACUCUUGGCUCUUACUGCCACAGUCAAUGGCACGCCUCUCCGACGUCGCGGGACACUUCCCCCAGAUCAAGUCGUAGGACUCGCCGAAGCAGUUCCAAAUGACAAUACUGGGACGCUUUAUGAAGCCUACCAGCCAUACCUCGACGUGCUCAAUGGCUGCGUGCCCUUCCCGGCCGUAGAUGCCAACGGUAACACCAACGCCGGUCUCCCCACUACUGGUUCCCAAAACAGCGGCUGCAGCAGCAACCUAGGCCAAAUCUACGCCCGUGGGGUAGCUUCCAACGGCCGCUACGCAAUCAUGUACUCCUGGUAUAUGCCCAAAGACUCGCCAUCGUCCGGACUCGGCCACCGCCACGAAUGGGAAGGCGUGAUCAUCUGGCUGGCCUCAGCGACCUCCACAGCAUCCUCCAACAUCCUCGCCGUGUGCCCGUCAGCCCACGGAAGCUGGGAUUGCAGUACCACCUUCCUGACCUCUGGAUCUGGAGCUUUUAUUGCGUAUUUUAGCAUCUGGCCGGUGAAUCACCAGAUGUGGUUGGGUGCUGAGCAAGGUGGACAACAGCCAUUGAUUGCGUGGGAGAGUCUGCCGACUGCUGCGAGGGAUGCACUGCAGAAUACGGAUUUUGGGAGCGCGACGGUGCCGUUGAAGGAUAGCACUUUUGCGGGAAAUAUUGCUGCUGCUACGUUUUAG